AUGCUAGCCAUUCCGAACAAGUCUCGUUGUCGUCAAUCGCUAAGCCGCCGGAAACUCCCGUGUCCUCAUCUAUAUCUGAAGCACGGCGUGCUCCUGGGACCAAGCUCACGCGCUCAUCUUCCAUCGAAGAAAUAUUCAAGUCAGUCGAUCAAUGAUUCCGGCUUUUCUCCCCUGUUCACUUCAUCUCCGCUCAGGGAUUCUUUUGAUCAAGGAAAAAAGAUCGCAAAGACCAAGCAACAAACGACUAACAAGACAUUCGACGCGCGCAAGCAACAUGCAACACAUCAGGCCGACAUCAAAGGGCCGGCAUCUGCUUCGACGCCUGUCGGUGAUCAUCUGGUUCUAGAGACUUCUGGCAAAAGCUCUCGAAUAACAAGCUCAAGUGUUCUGGAACUUGAUAUAGCUAGACGUGUUGCCAACCAUGCUAGUAAGAGUCGACAACCGAAAGUGCACAAAGCUUCGGCUCUCGGUAAUACACCAUCUUCCCUUUCUCUCAACUUUAUACCUGUAGUCCAAAAUUCGUCUUCACCGCGACUCUCGACUGUGAACAAGAGACGGAACAACGUCAGUAAAUCUGAAUCUGCCAAAGCGGGGAAGGCCGCUAAAAGUGAGAAGAUAAAAAUGUCUCCCGCGGAAUUGGCUGUACAUCUCAUGGAGAACCAAAAACUUUUGGAUGCCGACCCCAAGAAGAAGAAAGUCACCAAAUUCUUGACUGGAAUGAACAUAUAUUUUUGUGGCGGAGACCGAGAACAUGCUUUAGAAAGAACUCAGAGUUGCAUGAAAAUAUUAGUGAAAUUUGGCGCCAAUUUACAGCCACACUUCGAUCCCAAUAUUGUUACGCACAUCAUUGUUUCCCCUACGUGCUCGUUGGGAACAUUACUUAGCAAAUGUGGACUACGCAGGAUAAGUGACAUCCCUGACCAUGUCCCAACCUUGAAAUGGGACUGGGUCUCUCGCUGCAUUGGAACAGCCGAGAAAGGGCCUAACCGCAACGUAAGAUUACCGUCAUAUGAUCGUUUUCCAGCCUACUAUGAGCGGUUUCAUGCUGGCCUUGAAGGCUACACUGCAUCAGGCGAAAAGAUCGGUCAAGCACCAUCGAAACGUCCCAUGAACCGAGAAGCCGUGCAUGAUUCAGAAUCAGAAGAUGAAGCGGAAUUGUCCGAGGAUGAAGUGAAGGACACUACUCCUGCUUCCAAGCUCUGUGUCUCGGUCUCGAAACCUUUCAAGGUGUCGAAAGACGAUCCUCUUGCGGAAUAUUAUGACCAGGCAAGAGCCGAGCAUGAGAAUCAGGUUAGCCCAGGACACGAUCAGCUCGAAACGGAUACGGAGUCGGAUCAUAAACCUGCUCGACCGAUGAAACGGGGUUAUGCCUGCGAUGAUAAAGGGAUGCAAGUGAGACAAAAUUGUCCUAACCAAGACGUCGUCGAUCUGCUUUCCGAACUUAAGGACCUUCAUGCGGCGAAAGCAGGGCCUGAUGAACACUGGAGAGUCCUAACUUACAACAGAGCAAUUUCGGUUAUACGCGCGUAUCCUAAGCGUAUGCAGAGCAUGAAUGAAAUACUUUCUCUUCGAGGCAUUGGUCAGAAAACCGGACAGAAGAUCUCGGAGAUCUUGGCAACAGGACGUCUUCAGAGAAUUAAAUAUGAAACGACGGACGAAGUCCUUGUGUCUCGUAUCUUUCAGGGUAUCUACGGUGUUGGCCGCACGAUCUCUCUGCGAUGGUACGCUGCGGGAUGUCGUUCCCUGGACGAUCUCAGGACGGAGAAAUACCGGUCUCUGCUAUCUGACGUUCAAAGGAUCGGCCUCGAAUAUUAUGGCGACAUCAAUAGCCGCAUGCCCCGCGAAGAAGCGAAAGCACUGUUUGACUUAAUCAAGCCCAUAGCAUUAUCCAUUGAUCCUAAUCUCUUUGUCGAGAUCAUGGGGAGUUAUCGACGAGGAAAGGCGGAUUGUGGCGACAUCGACAUCAUGAUCACUAGGUGUCCUGACGACGGCACGACGCAUGCUGGUGUGCUCGGCAAGUUGCUAAAGAAACUCCAUGAAGCAGAUAUAGUAACGGAGGAUUUGGCGCUUCCGGAAAGCACUUACGAUCUAGAGGCGAUUUAUCGUGGUCUUUGUCAGCUUCCACAAAAAGGUUCGCGUCGAAGACGUAUCGAUUUUUUGACUAUCCCUUGGAAUUCAAGAGGUGCAGCCCUACUUUAUUACACAGGAGAUGAUAUUUUCAACCGGGCUAUGCGGCUCAAGGCCAAUCGGAUGGGAUAUUCUCUGAACCAGAGGGGUUUGUGGGAGGGGGUGGUACGUGAUCCAAGCAACCGCACGAAAAAGUUGAACACCGGUUCCAUAAAGGCAUCGGAGACCGAGGAAGAAAUUUUUAAGAUCUUAAAUGUGCCAUACCAGGAGCCCUACGAGAGAGUCCGGAAUUUUGCUUAA